CCUUCAUCUGUAGCAGGCUAGCAGCAUGCACCCAAACAACCAGAACGCUCCUCGCGAUGGGCAAUGGUCUACCGGACUUUGUGGUUGUUGUGAUGAUCCCCUCAACUAUGUCAUAACAUGUUGCUUUCCAUUUAUCACCGCCGGCCAGAUUGUGGAGAUUGUUGAUGGAGGAAAUACAUCAUGUCUAGUUGGUGGCCUCACCUACUUUGCUUUGGCCUAUGUUGGCUGCGGAUGGGUACACUCUUGCACAUACCGCUCCAAACUGCGAGCCCUCUUCUCACUCCCAGAAGCUCCGUGCGCAGAUUGGUUGGUUCAUUGCUGCUGCUGUCCAUGUGCUCUUCGUCAGGAGUAUCGAGAACUCAGAAUUCGUGGGGCUGAUCCCUCCCUAGGUUGGCAAGGCAAUGUAGAGGAGUGGAGGCGGACAGGAACAACGCCUCCUAUAGUUGCACCUGGCAUGACUCGUUAAUGGAGUGGGAUUUGUGCCAAUAAUAUUUGAAAAGAACCUGAAAGAUUGAGAAUGCUAUAUAUUCAAUUGUCAAGCCCUUCUUGCGUAUAAUUGUUAUGGGCCUAUAGCUUUAUUUUCUUUUUAGAACAUUGUCAUAAUGUAUUGUGUCCAACAUGUGUUGCGAUUCUAAAUCAGAGGACACUGAAUUAUUCCUCCCAUGUCGCUCUAAGAAAGAUUCAAACUUGUAUUGGCCGAUAUUAUUUUGUUUGAAUCUGCGUUGUUCCCCUAGUACUACGAUAUG